GCAGACAAACAGGUUAGAGCCUUCCAUUGGAUUACUGCAGUGGUAAAUAUUUUUCACCCAGCAACUAUCGGCCUGUAUCAAGCAAAUAAAACAACAACCAUGGAGAUGAAUAUGGUGAAAACACUAAAACUGGGUCAAUUGUUGUCCAGCACAUUAUUAAAACCUGGAGUUAUGGUAGUGAACCAUCAUCCUCGAGGAAGAGAAGAAUCAAAGACCAAUUUGGUGAAAUCAAAUCAUAAAAAAUCACGGCUCUGUUUAAAAAUAACAAUGCAAAGAGAACACGAGGGAUCGUCACUAAACAGCUGCGUAGUCUCAAGAAAACCACGUCUCAGUGACGCUAGUCAGGAAAAAAAAGGGCUUCAGUUUGCUCGGAGCAUAAAGAUUGGACUCUGGAGCGACGGAGAACGGUCCUGUGGUUCUGAUGAGUCCAGACUGAAGCUGUUCCACAGUGAUGGGACCAUCAGGACGUCAUUUCCAGGCAAUCUGCAUCUGGUCCUGGUGCUCCGCCCCACCGGCCUGUUGAGCUCCACCCCCAGUCCAUCAUCGAGCACCGAUCUGGGCUUCCGCUUCAGCCAGGAUGACUUCCUGUUAAAGAUGCCGGUGGUGAUGCUGCGCUCAGUCGGUGACCUUCUGCGCUACAUCGAUGAAAACCACCUGACAUCAGACUUCACUGCGAAAGUGGAAUAUUGCCAAAGCGACUGGAUCGUCCUCCGCACGGCCAUCGAGACUUUUGCUGUGACAGUGAAGGAGAUCGCCCAGCUGCUGCAGGGCUUCGGAUCAGAACUGUCCGAGUCCGAACUUCCAGACGAAGCCAGCGCCAUCGAGUUCCUGCUGCACUCGCACACACACCGAUACCGACAGAUGAAGGACGAUAUCCGUAACGUUCUGAAGGAAGGACGUCUGCUGCUGUCCAACCUGGAAACUGUCAAGGCCUCUAAGAGAGACGCAGAGGAGGAGAGGGAGAUAAAAGCAGACAUGGACACUGUUCAGAGACUCCUGGCUCAGCUCCGGGACAUGGAGGAGGCGUUCGACGGCUUCUUUGAGAAACACCACCUCAAGCUGCAGCAGUACCUCCAGCUGCUGCAGUACGAGAUGAGUUUCCAGCAGAUGGAGGAGGUGCUGGAGAGGCUCAUUAACCAGGAGAAGGAGAUCGGCUUGGUGGGGACGACGGUGGUGCAGACAGAACAACUGCUGAGAGACCUGGAGAUGCUCGACAACCGUGCUGAGGAGGAGAUGGCUCGUGCCCAGGUGGUGAUCCUGCACGGUCAUCAGUUGGCUGCCAACCACCACUACGCCCUGGCGCUCAUCGUCCAGCGCUGCAACGAGCUGCGACACUACUGUGACGUCAUCACCAACGCCAUACGCACCAAGCGGGCCUCGCUCACUCGAGCGCGAGACCUGCUGCUUCGCCUGGAAGGGGCCCUGCGGUGGUGUGACGAGGGCGCCUAUCUCCUCGCCAGUCAGAUGGUGGACAGGUUCCAGACCCGAGAGGGAGCUCAGGAGGCGCUGCAGUGCCUCAGCUGUCACCAGGAGAGGGCGCCGUCCGCUCUGAAAAGCUGCCAGGACAUUCUGAGCCUGGAGUUUGAGGCUGUUCUCACCCCACAGCUGCAGUCCCAGAUCUCCAUGGUAACGGAGAAGCUGAACGUGAUGCAGUCGAUGAUCAGAAACAGAGAGCUGUGUCUGAAGAAGCUGGCCGAUGUGCAGGUCAGACCAGUUCAGCUGGUGGCACCGAGACCCGAACCCGACCAGACCUCGCAGCGCUGCAAGUCACCCCUCUUCUCCCCCAAACAUGGUGUUGACUUCAACGUCCUGAACUCUAAGUUCUCCUUCGACCUGCUUCCUGGCAAGAGAGCCGCGAGGAGGAACAACAGCCAACGCAAGAUCGAGGUCAUGCAUGAUUUCCAAGGAAACCGCAGCUGCCUGUACGGCGCCACCACCGACACUGAUUCAGAGGCGGAAGACAACCCAGAGCAGGUGACACGCCACAUUAUGAAGGAACUGAUCGCUACAGAGCGGAUCUAUGUGGACGAGCUGCUCUCCGUCCUUCUGGGCUACAGGGCAGAAAUGGAGGACCCGUCCAUGUCUAAUCUUCUUCCUUCAGCUCUACGCAGCCAGAAGGACGUUUUGUUUGGUAACAUGCCAGAGAUUUACCAGUUUCACAGCAGGAUCUUCCUCCAGGAUCUGCAGGGUUGCCUGGAGACACCGGAGAGGGUGGGAGAUUGCUUCGUGCAGCGGAAAGAGAAGUUCCAGGUGUACGAGCGUUACUGCCAAAACAAGCCGCGCUCCGAGUUGCUAUGGAGACAGUGCUCUGAUUCGCCCUUCUUUCAGGAGUGCCAGAAGAAGCUGGACCACAAACUGGGUUUGGACUCGUACCUCCUGAAACCGGUCCAGCGCCUCACCAAGUACCAGCUGCUACUCAAGGAGCUGCUGAAACACUGCACGGAGGAGCGGUACCGCUGUGAACUCCAGGAGGCUGUGGACUCCAUGCUGGAGCUGCUCAAGUCUGUCAACGACUCCAUGCAUCAGAUAGCCAUCACUGGAUAUCAGGGAGACCUGAGCCAGCUGGGCCGGGUGGUGAUGCAGGGAGGCUUCAGCGUGUGGAUCAGCCAUAAGAGGGCGGCGGUGCGGAUGAAGGAGCUGGCCCGGUUCAAGCCCAUGCAGAGACACCUCUUCCUCUACGACCACGCCCUGCUGUUCUGCAAGCGGCGGGACGAGGACACCGCCGACAGGACGCCCUUCUACAGCUUCAAAUCCUGCCUCAGAAUGAGUGCCGUGGGAAUCACAGAAAACGUGAAAGGAGACAUAAAGAAGUUUGAAAUCUGGUACAGUGGCAGAGAAGUGGUCUACAUAGUCCAGGCGCCCACACUGGAGGUCAAAGUCGCCUGGCUGACGGAGAUCCGAAAGAUCCUCACCAACCAGCUGAAACUGCGACAAGAGGACACUCCUGCCCUCCCGCUCUCAGACAACCCUCUGUCAGACAGUGCAUCAGAGGUGUGUGUGUCGUGGGGCGGAGCGUCGGUGGGAGGCUGCUCAGCGUGUCUCCCUGUUCCUCACAGCUCCUCGGCAACAAGCCACUCCCACAGGCUCCGGGGGGAGGAGUCCGCACACGCCAGCCCCGCCCACUCCGAGCCCGUGGUUCACUCGCCUCGACGCACUUGGCCCGGCCCGGCCCACUCAGUGGCCAUCUGUGACGGCCUGGAGGACUGGGGCGCCACGGACCUCUCCAACAUAUCGGACUCAGAGGAGGAGGAUCAGCCCCCCCCCCUGGUGGCGGGCAGGUACAGGGUCAUGGUAGAGAGCAGUAUGGCCAGCGCUGAUGACAUCAUCUUUAACUGUGGUGAUGUCAUCCAGCUGCUGCAUGAGGAGCUGUCAGGAAUGUGGAUGGUGAGGAAUAUAAGCCGCGGCGAGGAAGGCCGUGUUCUCUCCGAGGACCUGCACAGGAUUCUGGGAGAAACCUGCUAAGAGCCAAUCAGAACAGAGGACAGAGACGUGUUCGCUUCUCUUCCUGUUUUUAGUUCAACCAUAUCACACACACACACACACACACACACACACACACUCUUCAUCAGCUCAUCCGAUUGAAGCACAUCAGCCGAUUGUUUUACUCCUCAGACGACUCUUCCACCUCAGAAGGCUGUAAACUGCAGACUGGACCUCAGAAGACCGGAUCAAUGCAAAGCACACACACACGUUGGACCUCUUGUUUUCCUUUAUCUCUGUUUUCCAGCCUUACACAGCAUAUAUAUUCUUUGGACUUAUAACCGGAGAUGCAGAACAGGAGCUUUAUUUCAUACGUACAGAGUGGACUUUUGUUGAAGACUUCAGGAUGUAUUGUUUCUAUUUUCUUAUGAAAUAUCCCAGAAAUCGUGCGUUUGCCUACAAACAUAUCAUCACUGUUCAUGUGCCAAACAGCUCGGCUGGUUAUCGUGGUUUCUUUCUGUACAUCACUGUCAGUUUUGUCUUGUUUACAAUGAAGUUAAAGCCUCUUACUUUCCUACAACAGCCAGCUGCGUCUCCAGAGGGUGACGCAUGUGAUGUUAAUGCCGAUACUGAGAGAAGAUACUGCAGAUCUUAUGGCAGCGAUAGUCAUUUCAUUCCCUCUAUAGAGAUUCUUCUGACAUCUGGCAAGAAAAGCACAGGUGUAAUCAAUAUAGGGACGGGAUGAUAAAAGAUAAUGUGGAGGAUCACGAUGAAAGUACUCAGGUUAAGUUGGUUGUCGUGAAUUUCAAUGAUCAGGAUAAUCAUGAACAUCAUCAAGCUCUGUGGUGGUUUCUGGAUUAUUCUGAAUUACCACAAGGAGCCCACAUGUUCUCAGUCGAACCCAUCUCUGUCGCUCGUGAGUCUUUCCCCUGAUAACAAGCUAAACUUUAUUUAAUCUGAUUUAAUAAACAAUCUUGAGGGAAUAAAAGGGAACAACGUUUUGUUUUCUCAAGGUCACAAGUUAUUUAUGUCAUUAUUACAGGAUAACAAAUGUUGUUUACCCAAGAUUAAGAUAAAUUAAUCUGUCAUAACAAGAAAGGUUGUUCCCUCUUAUUCCCUGUAGUUUAAUGCAGCUUAAUUAGAUCAAGUACACGGCGUCUUAACAAGUGAAGCAUCUGAUUAAAGAUGACAAUGUCAGAUUAACGAGCACCCGACACGCCAGACGGUUUUUCUAAUUAUCUGGGAACGAGCCGCCAGAAACUUUUUGGAAAAGAGCAGGCUGUUUCAAAAAAUACCUGGCAGGUGAUUGGAUGAACCAUCUGUCUGUCACCGUCUGUCACAGGCUAACUGCAGCCAAUCAGAACAACAGUAGGAGAGCUCAGCCAGCUUAUCGAGUUCAGUCUGCAGAGGAGUGGAAACGUCUUUUCUAGAAAAACCUUCAGUGUUCAACAAUCCACGCUAACCUCUUCAGGAAAUUAUCUCGAGAAAACAACAUUUUAUAUAUCAUGACAAAGUUUGUUAUUCUGUGAAAAUGAAGUAUGACCCCUAAAAACAAAUAAAACAAAUAAAAAGAGUUUGUUAUCACGGAUAAUAACGUCAGGUGUUUGUCCCGUGACCUUUUAGGGCUUCAGUUACUUGCCCAUCGUAUCUCCCAACGGAAACGGAUCCAACACCUCCAGUUUUCACUCCGGCUCUGUCAGAACAAAAUGUUGGUCCGGUGAUAUAAAUUGGGUUCAUUCUGGGCGGGAUGAUCGUGACGUGAAAUGAUGACAUCGUCCCUCCUGUGCUUCUCUUGCUACGACCAGUGAAAAUGUCUCUGACGCAGCUCUGCAGGUGUCGCAGGACUGACAGGUGGAGCUGGUUGUUGUAGUUCAGUCGAAGGUGAAUUUCUUCUUUAGUUGUGCUGCUGUUGACUGUCUGCUUCCUCUCAAACGAAUCUUGUGCACUUGUUCCCACCGCUGAGCUGAGAUCAGCUUUAUGUUUCUGCAUGGACGAAUCACGGCACGCGCCUCCUGCUUCAUCUCUGCCUCAGUCUCAGUGUGGAGUCGUAACUGUCAGUAGUAGAGUAGACUACUGUUGUAAUUACCAGCUUGAACUCGUACAGUUACAUCGUGGAUUCAUUCAUCGUUUGGCUUUUAAAACUGGCUGCGCUCAUUUUCUUUACAGCGUGAACAGAAAGCAGCUUUAAAACCGAGAGUGUGAGAAGUGUUUAUGACAGCAGUGUGAUGAACAGUGUGAUGACUUGUGUUACUGACAGCUGUGAAUAUGUAAAUGGUGAGAAAAUCUAAAUUUUAGAUGUUUAACAUUCAUAGGUCAAGUGACAAACGGUACAAUAGAUUUCUUACUGUAUCUCUGGACUUUAUAAAUCUGACCAUUAAAUCUAAGAUUCACACUGCAAACAGUAUUUAACACCCACAGUGGGACAACUAACUCAUUAAUCAGUAACAGUCUAACAUGUUGAAAACAUUUUAAUCCACCCGACAGCUGGACUCGUUGUUCAUGUUGCUCUCACUUGUCUCGUCCUACUUUUGCUCAUUUUGCACUUUUUUGAUAUUUUGAGUCAUUGUUAACGCUUGUAUGAUAACGCAUAAUAUAUAUGAUUAUUUUCAAAAAUAUAAGCACAGGAUUAUUUGACUGAU